UCAACAUUGCCAUCGCGGGCUUUUCUCGAUCGCCUCUGCCUCCUCAGCGCGCUCGUCUCUCCAGGAGCUACUAUCGCUGUACAAACAGCAAAUGCACAGUGAAGAAAAAAGUUGAAGGCUCUUCUAAAGAUCCAGCUAUUGUGAUCACGACUUAUGAAGGCCAGCACUGUCACCAUUCUAUUGGAUUCCCUAGAGGUGGAUUAAUCAGUCAUGAAGCUGCCUUUGCAAGCUCGUUGACUCCUUCAGCCUCACAGUUAUAUUUCCCAAGAGUACAAUUUCCUCAACAAGGUUCAUCUAGUGCACCAAAAUCGUACUAGGUUCCAAGAGAACCCAACGUGCUAGCUGAGCCAAAUCCACAGCGUCCCACUGAUGAAGGACUCCUUGGCGACAUUGUACCCCCUGGAAUGCGCAAUCAAUGACAAAGUUGGGUACUCGUGAUUUUGCAAAAGAGCAAAUGGCCAUAAGGGAGAAAGCAUUCUCAAUUAUAACGGAAGUUUUCAAGAGGCAUGGUGCCACUGCCCUGGAUACUCCUGCCUUUGAAUUGGGAGAAACUCUGAUGGGAAAGUAUGGGGAUGAUUCAAAGUUGAUUUAUGAUCUUGCUGACCAGGGUGGGGAGCUUUGUUCAUUGCAGUAUGACUUAACUGUCUCGUUUGCUAGAUAUGUGGCCAUGAAUAAUGGUAUUACAUCAUUUAAAAGGUAUCAGAUAACAAAGGUUUAUAGAAGGGAUAACCCUUCUAAGGGAAGUGAUGGCAGGAUUAAAGUGGUUGGGGGCAACAACAUUGAAGGUUUUCUUUUGUCUCCCAAGCAGUUGCCAUUCAAAAACUUAGAGGUCAAUGGGACAAUAAGACUCUAAAGAAAGCAACUGCUGUCUUGGAGUACAUGAACAGUUUUAUGACUAUAUAUAAUGUUUUGUUAUACAUUUUUGAAUAGUAUAUAUGAUUGUUAAAGUAUUACUUUUAGUUGAAUAUCUUUUUUG